CAUAAAAGAGUCCAUGUUCCCUUCAGAGCUAGAACCCAAAACAAUGAGAAAGCUUCAUCUCAGAUCAUGCUUUCUCCUUCUCACCUCGGCACUCUUCUCUCUAACAAUUGCCAGAGACACUCUAACACCUGCUGACACCCUCACCGACGGCGAAACUCUUGUUUCAUCCGGUGAGAAGUUUGAACUUGGCUUCUUCAGCCCUCCAGGCUCAACCAACAAGUACGUCGGGCUAUGGUACAAGAAAGUCACAGUUCAAACAAUAGUCAUGGUCCUGAACCGGCAGAACCCAAUCAAUAGUUCCACUGGAGUUCUCACAAUCACCAACAACGGCAGCCUUGUCAUCAGUGAACAGAACUCAUCAAUAAUCAUCUGGUCAACCCCAGCAACAAGCUUAGAGAAUCCAGUGGCGCGGCUCUUGGACACCGGCAACUUAGUGGUCGGAGAGGAUGCGAGUGUGAGCGCUGACAACGCUGCAUGGCAGAGCUUUGAUUAUCCAACGGACACCCUGCUUCCGGGCAUGAAGUUAGGGUGGGACUUACGUAGAGGACUCAACCGGAAUCUCACGGCGUGGUUGAGCUCAAGUGACCCGGCGAUUGGGCCUUACACGAUGGCCAUGGACAUACAAGGUGAUCCACAGAUCUUUCUCUGGUCUGGCUCAACGCGCACUUGGCGUACGGGUCCGUGGAAUGGGCUUCGGUACAGUGGCAUCCCUGAGAUGCAGACUUACAGUAUGUUCACCUUCACUUAUGUUACUAACCAGAAUGAGAUUUACUACACGUUCAACAUCCGGGAUCAGAGCAUCAUCUCUAGACUUAUUGUUAACCAGACCGGUUCCGCUCAGAGGUUAGUCUGGUUAAACCAGACUGGGUCUUGGAAUUUGUUCUGGUUCGCUCCCAAAGAUCAGUGUGAUAGUGUCUCUCCUUGUGGACCAAAUGGUGUUUGUGACCCAAAUAACUCGCCUAUUUGUGAUUGUUUGCAAGGUUUUGUGCCUAAAUCGCCGACCAACUGGGCGUUGAGAGAUGGAACUGAUGGGUGUGUUAGGAAGACGGAGCUGGACUGCAGGAACAGAACUGAUGGGUUUGUUACGGUGGCCGAAACUAAGUUGCCGGAUACUUCCAGUUCGACGGUCGACAUGAGUCUUAGUUUGGAUGAUUGCAAGGCCAAAUGUUUGUCAAAUUGCUCCUGCACUGCUUACGCCAGUGCUAACAUCAGUGGUAGUGGGAGUGGGUGCAUUACAUGGAGCACCGGGCUCACUGAUCUCAGGUUGUACACAUUUGCUGGGCAGGAUCUUUAUGUGCGCCUGGCGGCCAAAGACUUGGGAUCAACAUCAAACGGGUCUCACAAUAGCGGGGCAUCAACGGUCGCAAUUGUGGUCCCUGUUGUGUUGGGCACGCUAAUAAUAACCCUGAUUGGCUGUUGCCUUUGGAGAAGGAAAAGGAAAAGAAUACAAAGAGUUGCCCGCAGAGCUACUAUGACUUUUAGUGAUCUACAUAAUAUCGAUGAACACUCAGGAAAAAAGGAGGUGGAUCUUCCUUUAUUUGAUUUUGCAACAAUUGUUGAUGCCACUGAGGACUUCUCCAUGGAAAACAAGCUUGGGGAGGGUGGUUUUGGCCCUGUUUACAAGGGUAAGUUGGCUGAUGGAAAAGAAAUUGGAGUGAAGAGGCUGGCAAAGACUUCAGUGCAGGGCUGUGAUGAGUUCAAGAAUGAGGUGAUGCUCAUUGCCAAGCUUCAGCACAGAAACCUUGUUCAGCUUGUGGGAUGCUGCACUCAAGGGGAAGAAAGGAUGUUGGUGUAUGAGUAUAUGCCUAACAAAAGCUUGGAUGCACUUCUAUUUGACAAAAGCAAGGCAGCAUUGUUAGAUUGGCAAACUAGGCACCGCAUUAUCAUGGGAAUUGCCCGCGGACUUCUAUACCUUCACCAAGACUCUAGAUUCAGAAUAAUUCACAGAGAUCUCAAAGCCAGCAACAUUCUGCUUGACAAGGAAAUGAAUCCAAAAAUUUCAGACUUCGGCAUGGCAAGAAUUUUUGGCGGAGAUGAGACAGAAGUGAAUACCAGAAAAGUUGUAGGGACAUAUGGAUACAUGUCUCCAGAGUAUGCAAUGGAUGGCAUCUUCUCAGUCAAGUCUGAUGUGUUUAGCUUUGGUGUCUUGGUGUUAGAGAUCAUCAGUGGGAAGAAGAACAGAGGAAUAUAUCUCUCUGAUCCUAAGCUAAACCUUCUAGGACAUGCAUGGAAUCUGUGGAAGGAUGGCAAUGCUUUGGAACUAGUUGAUGAAUCACUUGGUUUUGCAUUUCCGAUGGCAGAGGUUUUGAGGUGCAUAAAAGUUGGUUUAUUGUGUGUUCAAGAACGGCCUGAAGACAGGCCAACAAUGUCAAAUGUUGUUCUAAUGUUGGGCAGUGAAAGUGCAACACUACCAAAUCCUAGACAACCAGGUUUUAUUACAGCAAGAGUCCCUUUAGAGGUGGAUUCAUCAUCUAGCAAGCAAGACUCUGUCAGCAUCAAUGAAAUAUCAGUCACAAUGUUUGAAGGUCGGUAGAUGCCAGUCUACACCAAGUCAGCAAAUUGUAAAGUUUUUGCUUUUCUUCAGUUUGGGUCUGACACCCAUUAUAGUCAUUCUUACAGUAUAUAAAGGAAAAUGAAAAUCAGAAUUUUGUAUAGGCUCCAGAACUUUAUAGUAUUGUAGAAUUUGUCAAGCUAUUCGAAGAACAGCUAUGAUGAUAGAAUAAAAAAUAUUCCUGAUUCAA